GACCACCGUUGCAGUCGGCAACAUGGAGUCCACCACCCACUUCCGAACACAGAGAGCACGCGCAAACGGUGCCCACCAUGACAACUCCGGAACAGGACGAAGAGCACACCACAAACACAAGCAAUGGGUCGCGGACAAUGCUACCAACAGAAAUAGCACAUCUCAUGGAGGCGCAGAUACCGAACGGUGGGAUCGUGGAGGGCAUAGAGGAAGUAGGGGUCGAGGAAGAGGCACCCGUGGCAAAUUUCCUAAUGCUACCCUGACUUUCCGUCAAGGAGGCGCUGGGUCAGCUGCUGCCAGCGAAGGGGAUAAUAGCGAAAUGGAGGAUGCCACUGAUGUAGAUGUAGAUGAAGUGGAACACCACGAGCCAGAUACUCUCGAGGAAAGGGAACGAUUCUGGAAAGAGCUUGUGAAAGCGCGCGAGAUCGAGCGCAAGACAGCUAUUGCAGAGGGUAAAAUGGACGACCCAAAUGUCGCAAAACGUUUGGAAGACGCUAUCACAAUGGUCGGCACAUGCAUGGAUAUGUGCCCGACAUUCGAACGCUACCGCCGUGAACGCGAGAACAAUCUCUUUGAGUGGGAAAUUGUCCCAGGAACCAAACGCGUUGAUCAUAAGAGAGCUGUCAAAAUGUAUGAACGGGCAGCUGGUGACAAGACAUUACCCUCCGAUCUUCGUCCUCCAAAAGUUCUUAGACGCACACUCGACUAUCUUUUUCACGACUUGCUUCCCCGAGGCGGCUUUUCUGCAACCUUCAAUUUCAUUCGUGAUCGUUCACGUGCUGUACGAAGUGACUUCACGAUGCAGCAUGAAAUGGGUUCCAUCGCAAUUGAGUGCCAUGAUAGAUGUGCACGGUUUCACAUCCUUGGUCUUCAUCUGGAGCGCGACCGACCCGGAUCCCAAGUCAGUCUGGAGGAACAACAGCUGAAGUACACUCUUCAAAGUCUGAAGGAGUUUUACGAAGAGCAGCGAGGAAAAUAUCAAUCACCAACCGAGCUCGAAAUGCGAGUCUAUCAUCGUCUAAUCCAUAUUCGUGAUCAAAAAGAGCGGCAGGAGGAUAUUCCUUCCUUUAUCCUCGAGCAUCCGGUGUUCAAGCUCACGACCAAAUUCCGGCUACUCGUACAGGCGAAGAGCGCCCCCAUUGGCAGAAGUUCUCCUCUUUCCGUCGAUAACGAGGCGCUUGGGGUUUUCAACGAAUUGAUCAUAGUCCUUCAGGGGGAAGGAAACUAUGCCAUGAUAUAUCUGGUCGCAUGCAUCAUAGAACACUUAUUUGGCACCGACACCGUCGACGACAUUGAAAGCCUGCGGGAAAGUCUCACCCUUUCGGAUAUAAUCGAUGGCAGCUCUGCUGUUGUAGAUGAGCAGCAUGACGCUAUUGUAGAAGAACCGGACGCUAUGCACGAGGAAGAGGAGCCACUCUUCGAGACUGACUUGGUGGAUGCACCGCAAUCUUCCCCGAAGGCCCCGCAGCGAAGCGGGACCGAGUGGCUCAACGAUACAUUUGGUCCGAAACCCAUUGAAUCAGCAUUCCUAAACCCUUCUUCUCAACCUGCAUCACAAUCACCAAAGUCUGCGUUUUCAAAUCUGACAUCCGUUCCCAAUGUAUUUGGGACGACGACAUUCCAGCCAUCAGCAUUCGGCUCCACAAACGAGUUUGGUUUUAGCUCAGCUGCCGUCUCUACAUCAGUAUUUGGAUCCUCUGCAACUCGGACCUCUAGUUUUAGUGAAGCACCCUCUUCGGGUCAACCUCCAGUUUUUAGUCAACCUCCACUUGUCUUGUCUCCGACCUCAACAGUGCCCAGCGAGGUUCAGAUUCCAUUUACAGUGCCUCCGGCACCUCCUCCCUCUACCUCUAGUCAACCCUUACCCCCUUUCCAAAAACUUUCUUUCAUACCCGAGGUCAACAAGGCACAACCUCUCAACCCCCAUGCACCAGUAUUUGCACCAGUGCUUUCUCCAAUUGUCACACAACCUACACCCUCAUACGAACUUCCAGCUCCUCCCUCUCCCGUCACUUCACAACCAACUUUCGAUGUUCGUCAUAAUCCUUUCGGCAGCUUAGAUCAAAUACCACCUUCUCAACCACCACCUUUGAGUAGACAGCAGCCAAUAUCUUUACCGUCAACACCCACUGCGACGAUGUAUAUCCCUUCGACCAUCUCUGGCACAUCCACUAAGUCCGUUUUCCAGUCUCUCAAAAAACUUCAACCUACUCUCCUUACUGCUUCCCCUACUGAAAUUCUGAGCCCACUGGUGCUUUCAUCGCCUGGGACAAGAUCUACGCUUAGUUCUAUGGCCAGCCUACACCGACGUGACUCCGUACAAACUCCCUUGCGUUCAGGAAUAACCGCUGCCGAUCUUGAGGCGGUUUCAAGCAAACUGGAAAGCCCACUCAACGGUAAAGCACCAGCUCUGUCAUCCACUAGCAACGUGGACCAAGAAACGCUCGAAUCCAGAGCUUUAGCAUUUGCCCGAAGGAACUUGGUAAUCAAGGAGGCCUUCCAGGAUUGGAGGGAACGAACGGCUAAUCGUACCAAGUGGAAAGAGGCUUGUCUCCGAAGUGAGGCCUAUAGUCAGCGCGUACAUACGGAGCGACUUUCGAAGAGUACUAGCUCGUUACCGCAAGAGAACAAGCGCAAAGUGGUUGCACCAGAACGACCAAGUCCCGUUAGGAAGCGGCUCAGACAUCGCUUGUCCAGCGAAUACCGGCCACCGCCCAGCGAUGAAGAACUUCUCAAGCGGUUCGAAAAGAAUCGUGAAGAAAACGAACGGCGUUGGGCUCGUGGAUCUUUCUUCCAUAUCCUGCAGCAACACCUGAAGGCCACGUCACGCACCAUUCCAGAAAGCUGGUCUGCCUGGCUGUCCUUGAACCAGGAUAAUGAUGGAACUGCCAUUUGGCUUGAACUGAAAUUUGAUGUACCUGACUCUGGCAACUGGAAGGAUGCCAAUAUAUUCCAGAUACCGGUGGUGCCGCAGCCACACAGCAAUAAAGCAUUAUACCCGGGUAUCAUCAUUUUCGAGCGAACCCCGGUUGGCGAGGUCGAAGACCCCCUGGAAAGAAAAUAUCGGAUGCUGGAUGAUUGCUCACGUUUACGAGAUAUCAUCGAGUCAUUGCCCCCUGAUCGGCAUUUCAUUCCUUCCCUCAUGACGAUAUCUUGGUCUGGCGAGGAGCCCGACUCUUCUUCUGAUUUUAAUGAUAUGAUUGCUGCAAUACUUCAUGAUGAAAUCUCGUCUUCCCAUGUUGACCUAUCAUUAACAUCCACCGCCUCGGACCUUGACUCUAGGUUUCAGUCCGCAUUGCAGUCACUCAAAGUUGAUACUGAAGGCAAACUCGUACGGUGGAUGUCUGUACCAGACCUCUUCAGACUGUGGAAACCCAUAUGGCAGACAUUUACCUCCCAGCGAUUAGAGCAAUGCAUAGUCGAUGGAGAAUUUGACUGGGGUUUCCUCGGGAGAUUCUUAGAAUUGUGCAUCGAUGUUCUCAUAACAAUCUCUAGUGCUGCACUUCAACUGAUGGGUGGCAGUACUACCAUCUUUGAAAAUAUUCUGCCCAACCUGAAGCUACAACAUGUAAGAGACUCGGACUCAAUGUUUGAUGCGGUUUUGCAAUGGUUGGACAAUCCAUUGUUGCAAGAUCCUGGUAGACACCUCGCAGGUGAUCUGAGAUCGCACCAGACCCUUGACCGAGAAUUUCCCUCGAGGACUUUUGUUCAAUAUAUAUAUGACGUCGCUCAGGAGCUGUCCACUCAACACUUGAGCCCCAAAACUGCAAACCCCACCCUCAUACGGAAGACUCGUCUCGAUGCAGCGACAUUGAAAAUCUCAACUGAGCAGGGCUCUUACUCGGAUGAGCUCAAUGCCCUUCGUUCUGCCAAGCUGCGACAGACGUAUAAACGCACUGCAUCGAUCAAUGCGUCAUCCAGCCGGUCUUCUACCCCUGCCAAGCGGAGGAGAUUAUCCGCCUCUGAUGGAUCUAGCGAGGGUGGAAGUCCUCCACUGAGCAUCACUAGUCCUGCCUACACGUCGCCCUCGUUCAGCACCACCACAUCUUUACCUCCUGAGGACAAGUCUACAGUGGUUACAUCCGCUAUGCUUCGUGCUCUUACUAGGGAUAUACGGACCAAGUUUGGCAGUCCCAGAUGAUAGGCUUCUUUCUUAAUUGUCCUUUAUGAAUGAUGUUAUUGCAUAUCUCUGUAUUGCUUAUUAUCACUCUAUACGUUCUCUAUAUGUUUAUUCACAUCAAUCAGGAUCGGCCA